CGGAACGGUUUUCGGUCUCCAUGUUUGCGAGUAGAAAGGAUUUUGAUCGCAGCAAAAAUUUUAGUCUGUGGGUGGGCACAAAGCAUUCAAGUUUUAAGUUUUUCAACGUGCGGCGCCACAGAAAUUUCACGGCUGUAGGUUGGCGCUAAAGUUCUGAGUUUCGUAAUUCCAUUGAUCUGGUUCUUCUCUGUGUGUUCAACAUCGAGUCCAGGACAGCGCGUGUUUCUUCAUCGCUUGUCGCGUUAAGCCAUGGACUUUGAAUCAAGCUACGAUAUUUCCGCCACUGCGGCCUUCAUUCACAGCCGCAACUUCCCCAGAGUUGCUUUGCAAUUUCCAGAUAACCUCCUAAAAGAUUCAACAAAAGUGGUUGCAGCAUUAAACCAACGCCUUCAAUCACUUAGAGAAAACGAUGUCACAGGAAGUGUGGAUUUGACAGAGGCAGCGUUGUAUGUGAUGGCAGACACAACAUAUGGUAGUUGCUGUGUUGAUGAAGUUGCAGCGUUACACAUCAAUGCUGAUUGUGUCAUUCAUUAUGGACAGACAUGUUUUAGCCCGACAACAACUCUACCAGCUUUCUUUGUUUUUGGGAAGGCUUCUAUCAGCAUAGCUAACUGUGUUGAAAGUCUCUCAAAAUAUGCUCUUUCGUGUAGCAAGCCUAUCAUGGUUCUUUUUGGGCUGGAAUACUCAUAUUCAAUGGAACACAUUAAAUCAGCAACAUUAGAAGCAUUAAUGUCAAGUAGAUCUGAGUUGAAAUCAGAAGUUCAUUUUGCUGAUGUUCCAUCUUCAUUUAUGUUUCCAUCAAAAGAUUUCAGAAACUUAAAUGGGCUGCAGGAAGCAGCUAAUGGUUUGACCAAUAAUGGCAGUUCUAAUGAGACUAGUGGACCUAUGUAUAGCAUCGGAGGAUUGGUUUGGAAAUUACCCGAGGGAAAAAGCAUGGAUGACUUCUUGAUCUUUUGGAUUGGGCUUGAUAAUUCAGCAUUUGCAAAUGUUGUGCUCACAUUCAAUGCCUGUGAAACAGUCAGAUAUGAUGCAACUGAGAACCGACUCAUGACUGACUUGUCUCAACAGAGGAGGAUUCUUAAACGUAGAUAUUAUUUAGUUGAGAGGGCUAAAGAUGCAAAUAUCAUUGGGAUUUUGGUGGGAACUCUUGGUGUUGCUGGUUAUCUUCACAUGAUACACCAGAUGAAAGAACUCAUUACCAGUGCAGGAAAGAAGGCCUAUACUUUGGUCAUGGGAAGACCAAACCCAGCUAAACUUGCUAACUUUCCUGAGUGUGAUGUUUUCGUUUAUGUCUCCUGUGCCCAAACUGCUCUCCUGGAUAGCAAAGAGUACCUAGCCCCAGUUAUUACUCCAUUUGAAGCAACAAUAGCUUUCAGCAGGGGAAGUCAAUGGACAGGAUCCUAUGUAAUGGAAUUUCGUGAUCUAAUACAUUUGCCUCAAGUGGAAGCUAAGAACCAGGAAGAAGCACGGUUUUCAUUCCUGCAGGGUGGAUAUGUGGAAGAUAUCUAUGGCCACGAAAACGCCGAGGAAGAUAGAGAAGCCCUUGCUUUAGUUCAUGCUACAGAGAAGGCAUUGCAGUUGCGGGAUCACUGUAGUUCUCUAAUUAAAAGGGAUGCUAAAUCAGGAGCUGAGUUUUUCGCUGCAAGAUCUUAUCAAGGUCUGAAUAUUGAUAACGAAAACACUGUACCUGAGCCGUAUUUCAUAGGAAGGAAAGGAAGGGCAUCAGGUUACGAAGAUGAGAAAAGCAAGCACGGAUCUUAGUUGCAGUUGGUGAAGAUGAAUGAUAAGCAUAAGUGAUUGUGAGACUGACCCUGAGAUACCUUCUUUUUGUCAAUAUAUGAGAAAGAGGAGCAUAAACCUUGAUUCUAGCUUUGUGUUGCAGGCCCCAGUUUUGGUUACUCAGUUUGGUUUAGCUUAGGAGUUCCUCACUAACAUGUUUGUUGUACGAUAGUUCUGAAGAAUUUUGAAUGGCAGCAAGCUUUUGUGUUUGCCAUAGUUUAAACAGUACUUGAUUUAUCA